GUCAUAACUGCAGGGUACUUGACUAGGACGCUUUUUAGCUUAGAUUAGUGUUGACUUAUUAAGCAUUUUAAAAUCAAUUCCUGUGUCCAACAUUUGACAACCGUAUUUCAGCUAAGAUACUUUACAUACCUUACAGCCAGGCCCUCUACUGAUAUCUUCUCGUCACAGUUGUGUACAACGUUAACGAUCGACGCAAAUAAUCAUGGGGAAUCGGAUGUCAACUCCCAGCUAUGGUAGCAACCCUUCUCGUGCAAGUACAGAAAACAAGUAUUUAUCAAAGGCAGUCCCAAGCUAUGAAAAUUAUUCUUUCCCUGCAAUUAAAGAAAACUGGAUUCCUUUCCCAAGUUCCGAAACUGCUCUGAGGCAUGGCUCACCUGUCCAGAACAUGCAACUAGAGACAGUGCGUUACAGAUGUGUAAUAAUCGAUCAUCAUGCGAUUAAUUUUGCAUUGCGUGAAAAUGCCAGUAAAUUAACCCCGGAAGCACUAGCGAUGGGACGUGAGGCUCAAAGCUUGUGUACCAAUGAGCUGAACUGUACGAUGCAGAACUGCGAGCUAGUAAUGUAUCUAAUACAUUUAACAAUUAUAUUACAAGCGGGAAAUUGUGGUAAUGGUAUUAUCAUGAAUAAGAGAUAUGACGGUGAAAUUGAAUGGAAAUUCACGAAAAGGACCUUCACACAAACCGUGUAUAGUGGUGUUAAAUGGCUUGGUGGUCACUUACUCAAUUUCUUCAAGGAACGAUUGAUGCUCGGCGGCAACAACGAUAGGCAAGCAUUGACAUAUUGAACACUCAUCGCACUCCGGUUUUGUAAUUGGUUGCAAACACAGAACAAAUAAAACAUGCUUGUAUCUUACUUCACAAUCAAUCAAUGAUAUACUUGAUGAAUUUUAGAGCAAUUACAUAUUAACUCAAAUGACUAAAUUCGCAUACACUGUAUGCUUAAAUCAGUGCAGAUUUAAUAAUAAUGAUAAAAAACACCGUUGAACUGUAUUGCCUUGACACCUUAACAGUGCUAAUAAACUUAUUUCUCGACUA